CUCCUCUGCUCCCGCCCCCCCGCUCGGUCUUCUCGGCACAAACUUUCCGCCCCGAUCGCUCCCUCCUCCGCGCCCGGCGCCUCCCGCUCCAGCCCGGCUCAUUCCGCACAUUCCUGCCAGCCCCCUCCCCACGGCCCCCCACUCUCCCCUUCCCCAUCUGGCUUACCCCCAGCCCCCCCGCCCUUCGAAACCUGUUGGCCCGCCGGAGCGGGGCCCGCGGCCGGAGCCCCCCUCCCCAGAGCCCGGACCAGGUCCUCGCGUGCCCAGCGGGCUCAAGGCCAGAGCCCAGAGCAACCAGCACAAUAGCGUCCAACAGCUGGAACGCCAGCAACAGCCCUGGAGAGGGCCGGGAUGAUGGGCCCGAGGGGCUGGACAAAGGGCUGGACAAUGAUGCGGAGGGAGUGUGGAGCCCCGACAUUGAGCAGAGUUUCCAGGAGGCCCUUGCCAUCUAUCCUCCCUGUGGUCGGCGUAAAAUCAUCCUUUCAGAUGAAGGAAAGAUGUAUGGUCGCAAUGAGUUGAUAGCACGAUAUAUCAAGCUAAGGACAGGAAAGACUCGGACAAGGAAACAGGUCUCUAGCCACUUGCAGGUUCUAGCCAGGCGGAAAUCGAGGGAGAUUCAGUCCAAGCUGAAGGCCAUGAAUCUGGACCAAGUCUCCAAGGAUAAAGCCCUGCAGAGUAUGGCUUCUAUGUCCUCAGCUCAGAUUGUCUCAGCCAGUGUCUUGCAGAAUAAACUCAGCCCGCCUCCCCCACUCCCUCAGGCAGUUUUCUCUGCCGCUGCUUCACGGUUCUGGAGUGGACCCCCUCUCCCGGGACAGCAGCCGGGACCCUCUCAGGACAUCAAACCCUUCGCGCAACCAGCCUACCCCAUCCAGCCACCCUUGCCACCCACACUCACUAGUUAUGAGCCCUUGGCCCCACUCCCACCAGCCGCCUCCACCGUGCCUGUGUGGCAGGACCGCACCAUCGCCUCCACUCGACUUCGGCUCCUAGAAUAUUCAGCUUUCAUGGAAGUGCAGCGAGAUCCAGACACGUAUAGCAAGCAUUUGUUCGUGCACAUUGGCCAGACCAAUCCUGCCUUCUCGGAUCCUCCUCUGGAAGCGGUGGAUGUUCGUCAGAUCUAUGAUAAGUUCCCUGAGAAAAAGGGUGGGCUGAAGGACCUCUAUGAAAAGGGACCACCUAAUGCCUUCUUCCUUGUCAAGUUCUGGGCGGACCUGAACAGCACCAUCCAGGAUGGACCUGGGGCCUUCUACGGGGUCAGCUCCCAGUACAGCUCCGCUGACAGCAUGACCAUCAGCGUCUCCACCAAGGUCUGCUCAUUCGGCAAGCAGGUUGUAGAGAAAGUGGAGACGGAGUAUGCUCGGCUGGAGAACGGCCGAUUUGUGUACCGCAUCCAUCGCUCCCCCAUGUGUGAAUACAUGAUCAACUUUAUCCACAAGCUGAAACACCUACCUGAGAAGUAUAUGAUGAACAGCGUCUUGGAAAACUUCACUAUCCUGCAGGUAGUGACGAGUCGAGACUCCCAGGAGACACUGCUGGUUAUUGCCUUUGUCUUUGAAGUCUCCACCAGCGAACACGGGGCCCAGCAUCAUGUCUAUAAGCUGAUCAAGGACUAGGGUCUCCUUUCUUGAUUCAACUACCACCUGCCCGCCCAGGGCCCGGGCCCAAGAUGUGUCUUCCCUCCUCAUCCCUACCUCCUGACCUGGGGGCCUUGGUCUAGGACAUGCCCCUUAACCUUGUACCCGCCUGCUGACCCAGGUCCCAGGCCCAGGACAAGUCCCAUCCCUAUAUACACUCCACUCUACUGUGGUCUAUGCUUUAAUUGUUGAAGAAGACAGACUAGCCUCAGGCAGUGGGGCAGCCAGCCCCCUUUCACACCAAAACUGUCCUUUUCCUUUCCCACCUUCCUCUCUUCACCAUUCUCCAGUUCAAGUGGGGCUGUGGCUGACCUAGAUUUGGGGCAAUGGGGGCCUCUCUAGAAUGGAAAGAGAACCAAAAAAAUUCCUUUAAGUUCUCUUGAGAAGCAGGCUCUGGUCCAAGGGAGUGGGCUAGGACAGACUCAGUUAAGAUCAAAAAAGAAUUAAGAGAUGGCUCCCAGAAAGUGAGAUACCUUCCCACGCCCAUCCCCAAGAGAAGGGGUAUGAUGGAAAGACCACAGCCCUAGAGGCAGUCAGCUGAAGUGGGGAAGGAAUGGGCUUAGGAAGUAGAUAACAUUAGACUAAGAAUGAAACUGGGAAAGAGGGGUGAGUGAAAAGACAGAAAGUGGAAGAGGAAAUGGCUGAGAGUGGAGUGAGGAAGCAGAGACCUAAGAGUAGAGAGUGGGAAUCUUGAGGGGGCGGGGAAUAAAAGGGGGAGGGAUUGAUCAGAGUAGGGGCAGUCACCAGGAAGGUCAGCAGUCUGUGGUAUCACUGCAUUCCCAAAGCCAGUUCUAGCCGAUGCCAGUAAGAGUGGAGAUGGGGUCACUGUGUAGCUGGUUACCAGCAUGGGGCACGGAGUUGCUCCAAUACGUGAUGCCCUGAGGUUCCAGGAGAUGGGCGAGGGUUUGCGUAUGGUUUGAUGUGGAUCUCUGGAACCACACAAAGAACCAAGACUCAACUGUUAAGGCAAGUUUUGUGAACCUAAGGAAGUUGGAGGUGGGAAUAAUCAAUCAUAGUUAGUUAAUCCUGGGUGAGUGGGCUGAGAGUCCUCCACCCACAGUAGUAAGGGGUCCUUGAGACCAGAGCCUGAACCCCUCUAAUUUGGGACAUGGAAGAGAAGAGGGUCAACGUCCAUUCCAAAUGUUUGGAGCAAAAAUAGAGAUCAUUAACUGUGCCACCUUCCAGAAGGAUCUAGAAGCCCUAAUUCUGGAUGUCUUUCCCCUUCCCUAAGGUGGUCAUGGGAGGACCAGCCCUAGCCUCAACUUUCACAACCACAACUCCCCCCAGAUCCCACUUCCCAAAUAUAUACAGCCUCCUUCCCCACAAAAUACCUCACAAAAACACGCCGCACAUACACAUUUCCUACAGUGGCCAUACCUUUCUAAAGGUGCUCCCAGAUCUGGCCUAAAGAGCCCCCCAGCAACCUAGCUCUUCUUGCUACCAUCUGCCUUGAAUGUAGCCUGUUGGUGUUUCCACCACACCUCUUCUCCCAGGAAUUUUACCUAAUUCUCUCUCUGGUGCUGGCAGGAGGAACCAACUCCCAAUACUAUUCCCUUCUUACUCCUACCAAACUUGAAAAUCAAUUUAACAGCCCUUAAUUAAGUGCCUACUCUAGAGGAAAAAAAA